AUGAAUUUUUUUGUUUUAUUUCCAUUUUUGUUAAUUAAUUUUUGUUAUUUCACAAACGCCGAAAAAGUUCCAAUUCCAAAAUGCGACAGUACUAUGGAAGCUGAUUACGAAAAAGACUGCAAAUGUCUAGAAACUGAUUUUCCUGCAUGUCUAAAAGCAUUAGUAGCUGCAGGAACGUGUACAAAAGAAAAUUACCCAACAAAUCCUAUUGAAAAACCGUGCUCUAAAAUGUAUUCUAAAUGUUCUUCAGCGAAAAAUGAUUGUGAAGCUGGUAUCUGCUCGUGCUUUGACUCGGUUGUUGAUUGCUUGGUCCAAAAUAAAUGUGCACCUAUAAAGUCAUCAGCUAAACGCGUUCGAGCAUCUGAUACAACUUUUGGUUUUAACAGAUUAUUCGAUUUGCAUUUUGAAAAAUUAAAUUAA